GCGGCGGUCCCGGCUCCGCUCCCUCCCCGCCUUCCCCGCCCGCCCGCCGGCACAGCGCGGGACGGAGCAGCGGCGGCCCCGCGGUGGAUGCGGGAGCAGCGCCGGCUCAGGAAUGCAGCAGCCGGGCGGCGCGGACGGGAGCCUCCCGCUGCUGCUGCCGCUGCUGCUGCUGCUGCGCGCGGGCAGCCGAGCCGAGCCCGGGGACGCCACGCAAGGAGUGAAUUCCUCAGUUGUUGCUGAUUUCGUGCCCACGUCGUCAUGGAACAUCUCAAGUGAGUUAGAUAAAGAUUAUUUCCUGACGCUGGACGAACCCAUGAACAACAUCACCACCACCCUGGGCCAGACAGCAGAGCUGCACUGCAAGGUGUCAGGGAACCCCCCUCCCACCGUCAGGUGGCUGAAGAACGACGCUCCUGUGGUGCAGGAGCCGCGCAGGAUCUCCUUCCGAGCCACCCCCUACGGCUCCCGCCUGCGCAUCCGCAACCUGGACACCACCGACACCGGCUACUUCCAGUGCGUGGCCACCAACGGCAGGAGGAGCGUCUCCACCACCGGGGUGCUCUUUGUCAAGUUUGGUCCCCCGCCAACAGCAAGCCCAGGAUCCUCGGAUGAGUAUGAGGAGGAUGGGUUUUGCCAGCCUUACAGGGGCAUUGCCUGUGCCCGCUUCAUUGGGAACAGAACCAUCUACAUGGAGUCCUUGCACAUGCAGGGGGAGAUAGAAAAUCAGAUUACAGCUGCCUUCACCAUGAUCGGCACCUCCAGCCACCUGUCGGACAAGUGCUCGCAGUUCGCCAUCCCCUCGCUGUGCCACUACGCCUUCCCCUACUGCGACGAGGCCUCCCCGGCGCCCAAGCCCCGGGACCUGUGCCGGGACGAGUGUGAGAUCCUGGAGAACGUGCUGUGCCAGACCGAGUACAUCUUCGCCAGGUCCAACCCCAUGAUCCUGAUGAGGCUGAAGCUGCCCAACUGCGAGGACCUGCCCCAGCCCGACAGCCCCGAGGCCGCCAGCUGCAUCCGCAUCGGGAUCCCCAUGGCUGACCCCAUCAACAAAAGAAAAAAUAUUCUGUGCACUAUGAAGUUCAAAUGGCCAGGAGAAAGAAAAUUAAAGGAAAUUUAA